CUCCUCCUCCUCUCUCCAUCUUGUGCAUACCGGCUGUUUCCUCCCCCCCUGUCUCUCAGUCUGCGUGCUGUAGCCCUGCUGUGCAGUUCUCUCAGCCCUCUGUUGUAGCACCAAAAGGGAGGAGGAGCCACCAGCGCACACGCGCAUACUCACACAAGACACACACACUCUCACAUCAUCUCUUCUGCACGCUCACUGUAAGCACCAGCAAGCCAGCCAGCCAGCCAGCCAGGCCCAUUUGGAGCAGGGGAGCCCAGCCGUCUCAUCGCCCAAGAUGGAUGUACUGAUGAAGGGGUUCUCCAUGGCCAAGGAGGGGGUGGUGGCCGCCGCAGAGAAGACCAAAGCCGGCAUGGAGGAGGCAGCAGCCAAAACCAAGGAAGGGGUGAUGUAUGUAGGCAGUAAGACAAAGGAGGGAGUUGUGUCAUCAGUAAACACAGUGGCCAACAGGACUGUGGACCAGGCCAACAUCGUUGGAGACACAGCGGUUGCUGGGGCCAAUGAAGUGUCACAGGCAACAGUGGAAGGGGUCGAGAAUGUCGCCGCAUCAACCGGGCUGGUCAGCCAGGAGGAGCCUGUAUACGAGGGAGAAUAUGGGGGAAUGGAGCAGGGUGGGGAAGGAGGAGAGGGUUACUAGUCGUCUUCAGGACCUUCCUUCCCGUGCUCUCCAGCGGUCCCUCGCUACCCUUGCCUCGCUGUACCAGACUCCAGAUGUUCAACAUAUUUUUUUGUGACUUUACAGAACCAAAAUCAACUGAAACAGACUCUUCCGGAUGCCGCACCUCAGCCCCUAUCUCCCCCUCUGCCUCGUCACUCCGUGAUGCCCCCAUUUACCCCCACCCUCCCAGCAGCAGCAUCCCGCUGCCACCUGUCCUCACCCUGUCUCCUCCCCUCUGAUUUUCUGCAGCCUGUAGCUUUUCCUCCACUGCCCGUCUCCACCUCACCUGUGUGUUAGUGUCGUCCUGAUAUGAACCCUGUUGUUGUUACAGCCCCCCCUCCCCUCGCCAACCACCCUCGCCUACCAACCGAUAGGGAAAUCUCACAAACACACACGUACACACAAACAAAAGAUACACACCUUCACUUAACACACACAUUAAACACACACACACACACACAUACAGUACACCGCAAAUGCCAGCACAGCCACACACACCGGGCAACCGUUGGGAAUUUUUUGGGUAUGUAAAUACAGUAAAAUACAGUAAAGCCUCUGCAUUCCUUAACAAUAACAGUAAGUCACUGAGUGACUGAGGCAGGGUAUGAGAGGGUGUGUGAUCUGCUGUUUGUGUGCCUGUGUGUCCAUGUUAGCUUAUCUACGUGUGUGUGUGUGUGUGUGUGUGUGUGUGCAUGUGUAGCUGCUGGCGUAUAAAAUAAAUCUCCAGAGGCUUGUGCAGGGAAUGGUGCAUCAAGGACAGAUAUCCUUCUGUUACGUGUGCAGUAGUUAGUUAGUUAGCUACAGUAGACUGCAUGCACAGAUGUGUAGAAUGACUUGUCUCGUGUUGUAACUGUAGAGUAGCAGCUAUUCUGUGUAGCUUUGUAUGGCUUUGUGUGCGUUUGGCCUCGAUAUUAGAAACAGGGUUAUUAACCAGGAAGCAAUACACAACGCUCAUUUCUCUCAGCUGUUAGAGCGGAAACUUUGAAUUGUGUUCUUGUGAUGCAUGAGAAAACGAGCAAGUUGGUGUUUAGUUUCAGAUUUUCACACAAUUUCUCUGUAACGUUCAAUAUUUGUGGCUAAAUAAGCAAAGCCGAAGCGAGACGACAAGCAGAUUUUGGUUCUUUAAGGGCACAGUCACACAUGAGUGAAAUUUACCCCCGUUUACUUCCAUUCAAAGCGAGCGAAGGGGAAAAUAAAAUAUACGCUUCCGGUGGAAAAACAGAUUUACAUCUGCGCAUCACCUGGAGUUCAGCUUUGAACUUUGACCUGCAAAGGAGCAGGGUGAAGUCGGGUAAAAUGGGACAAAUAUGGUUUUACAUGUCUGGCUCUUUAAAUAUUAGCAGCAAGUCGACAAACACGUUAUUGCAUUGUUACUAAAAAGGUGCUGUACAUAAAACAAUCAUUUUUAUUGGUCUGAGAUAACGAGGGUGGGCAGAGCAAAGAUUUUUUAAAAAGAGGAAAAGGAAAGGAAAGCCAUCUGUAAUGUUGGUUUUGGUAAUAGGAGUACUGCAGCUAAAAGAAGGUGUAAUGCCAAAAAUGGCUGAAGGAUGUUGCAUUUUUAUUAUCAUUAUAUUUUCACAAUACACUUAAGUUUCUAUGGGAAAGUUUUGUGUGAGUAAUGCACUCAGCUAAAAUGUGACAUUUCUCUGAAGUGAAACCAGCAUGUUUUUAGGCUACCAGGUGCCAUAAAAUCAUAACUUAUGCUUUUGUGUGCCCCCUGUAAUAUUGCAGACAUGUUUAGUGCCAUUGUGAAGCGGGAUUUAUACUUAUGCGUCAGACCCUACGCUGCAGCCUGCGCACGUGACCUAUACCGUUGUGAGCAUUUAUACUUGUGCGGUGGUGUGUCUGUGUCACUCUGCAGUUACACCUUUAAAGAACUAGCUGGCGGUGGAGGUUUCUGUGAAGUGCUGUAAAGUUUAGUUAAUUCAAAACACACAUUAAACACACAUUAAACAUGGUUUAAUAGAGACAAUGUCAAACACAAGUACACAAAUCAGCUUCACUAUAACUCGCAGCAUUCACAGACAAACACUUGUCUUUAUCUGGACACAUUUUCCCCACAAAUACAACAUGCUAAUGUUAUUAGCAUAAGCCUAUGGCAUUUUACAUUGUAUAAAUUAGCCUAGCGACCAGCAAACUUUCCCUCCUCUCAACUGAAACCAGGGACAACAGCAACAUUUAACAAAGGUAACGGUACAAAAUUCGGCUCCAUUACAACUCACAAGGUUCACUGACAAAACAACUGUCUUAUACUGAACACGUUUUCCAAACAAAUACAACAUGCUAACAUUAUUAGCACAAGUCUAUGGCAUUUUACAUUGUAUAAAUUAGCCUAGCGACUAGCUGAGAUUUCCUCUGCUCAUAUGAAGCCAGGAUAAAUCACACACAAGACACACCAACGUCGCUGCGACGUGUAGUUACAUUUCCGGGGAGGUGCUUGUCAGGCGAUGGCGUAGGCUCUAUAUUGAUGUAGAGCCUACGCCGUAGCUACUGCGUCGAUUUAACCCAGAAGUGUAAAUUCCACCUGACUCAGAAUUAUUAAAGGUGAUGCAGUGAGUCCAGUGCAAGGAAACAGGCAGCGAGAAAACAGGGAAAGCAUGACGCAAAAGUUGGAAGUUUGGUAACAUUAAAGAUUUCAUAAAUGUAUGAUAUCACUACUAAAUGAAUUUAACCAUUUAAAAAAAACAAACCUGACUCUCCCAUUUUACCUGAACAUGUCAUCAGAGUGACGUAGGGUUUGUUGAAGUGUUUGAAGGUCCAAAAUUUCCAAAGUGUUUCACUUGGCGACAUAUUAUCUUUAUAGAAAUACAGCAGAGAGCCAUAACAAGUCCUCAAGGUAACAGUCAAAGUAGUCUUUUGAGUUUUAGGUGGCGAUCUACCAAGAAGUGACCUGACGUGAAGGAGAAACUGAUUGUUACUGCAUGCAACCAGUUGAUAUUGCAUGACAUUGGCCAUGAAAAUUAUAAACUGCCCCACAUGAGAGAUGCUAACGGGAGACAGACGUGGAACUCAAGAUAAUGGUAAAUGCAGCAAUAACAUCAUAAUUUGCGGUGUUUAUUAGCAUCAGGCACCGCCCACAUCCAGCACGAAUAUCGCCCUGGCCAUUUUCUCAUGUGUGACGGUGCCUUAACUCCGACUGGUUCAUGGAAAUCCCUGACAUCUCCUUUUUCACCAGUGUUGCUCAAACUUCGGAGAAGAAUGUACGCGUUAUUAAGAAGCUGAUUAACAUCUUCAACCUCUCCAGUGGUUACAAACUGAAUAUCAAGGGGAAUGCGCUUCAAAAGCUGCCCUGUACAAUUAUAAUAACUCAAUGUGAUGACCAUAAAAAAACAAACAUCUUGUCUUUGAAUAUUUCCCUCAAUGUGAACAUCAAAAAGAUUCAAGGAAGAGUUCAAACAGGCUGGUAGAGAAUAUAUGUCAGAUUUUUUUCAGAUUUAAAGCUACUCAAGGGGAAAUUAAAAGGGAAACUAGGUGUAAGGGGUUAAUUCAAGGAAGAAAUGUGAGCAGCUGAUACCGGUCACCUCUUGUUAUCGUGUAGUUGCUUUUUAGUCUUUGUGAAAGCGGUUUGCAUGCCAUCAGGAGAAACAAGUCUGUGAUGAAAAACAUUGUGAGGAAUCAGUCCGCUCGGAGAGCAGAAUGAGAGCUCGGGUUUUUGUCGUGGAUCAGCUUUAUGUGUAGUUCUGUGUACAGCUUGAAUUCUGGGAUGUGUAGUUUUUAGGGCAGUUUUUUAUUUCACACUAACUAGUCAGAACCCUGGCUGUUCUGAAGCUCCCGUCCAUCAACUCUCUCAGCCAGUCAGAGGACUCUCUUCACCUCUCAGUCAGUGUGAUGCCACCUUUGACUGUUCGUCUGCCCGGCAACAGUGUGUGUGUGUGUGUGUGUGUGUGUGUGUACUGUAUGUGUGUGUGUGUGUGUGUGUGUGUGUAUGUGUGUAUAUUUAUGUGUGUGUUAAUAUAGAACCGGUUCAGCCAGCAAAGUGUGUGUGUGUUUGUGUCUGGAGCAGGUUUGUGUGUUUUUACUUUGAGGCCAAUGGAAACUGAUGACUGCAUGUUGCCUUAUCAAGCAAUCUGACAUUCACACACAUACACACACACACAUAGACCACACACGACACCUCACCUGUACCAACACACGGCACACUCUCAACAACACACAAUCACUAAUCCCACCUCAAAUAUACAAACACAAAUCACACACACACCAUGUUUAAGUUGGCAUCAAAGCAGACUCGCUGAUUUUAUAAACAGUACCAGUGAAAUUAAAAAGGUUUUGUUGAAAUCCA